UUGAUGGAUUUGGAAGUUUUUCAGUUUUGGUCAGUUAAGUUUCCUCAAUAUUUUGUUCCUACAAACACUCCCCACCCACUUUAUCUUUUCUUUCUGUGUUGCUUUCGUAUGCUUCUUUCUUGGACCUUGGCGCUCUCCUCUCUCCCUCUCUCUUUCUAUAUCCAAAGUUUCCUCUUUUAGUUUUAUUGUUCUCCUCCGUUAUUUUACAUUUUGGUCAUGAUUAUAUAAUAUAGCAUUGGAAAUCCCAAUCCCAAUCCCUUUCCUGUCUCUCUCAAACUCAAACACAAACUCUCACUCUCUUGUCGAUUGAUCGAAUUGAAAUCUCUUAUCCGUUGGUCCUUUGUAUUUGUCUUUUUUAAGUAUCAAGUAUUUUCUUUUGAAAUGUCUGGAAUGCUGAGAUGGAAGAAGGUGAAGCAUAUAGCAGAGCUCCAGCAGCGGUUCACUCAGGUAUCCCCAAUCUCGACACACUUGAACCACCUUCAUGUCACGAGCCAUCGCCGAAGAGAGUCUCUGAUCGGAGUGCAGGAGCGCUACAAGUGGGACCACGGCGGCUCUGGCUCCGGCGGCGAUGUUCGCACCCGCAAAAUCAGGGCGGAGGCGAAUUGCCCCCGCUGCUCCUUCAACCGCAUGGAUCUCCUCUUCUCCGAUCGGCGCUUACCCAACUUAUCUCCUCCAGAUGAUUCCAGCACCAGCACCAGCACCAAGACGACCACCAAGACCACCAAGACCAAGGCUGACGACUCUGAAUUUCAUCAGUAUCAGGCCCUCAAUCUCUGCCCCAAUUGCAAAACCGCCUACUACUUCCGACCCCACCAGAUUGCUCCUCUCCAGGGCACCUUCGUAGAGAUUGGGAGACUCACCAACACGACCACCACCUCUUCCAAUCGUAACGCCACCAGAACCAACAACUCCGACAACAAGUCCCAUUCCAGAAAUACCCAAAAUACUAAUAAUAGUAAUGGAGGAGGAGGAGGAGGAGGAGGUGGUGGUGGUGGUGGUGGUGGAGAUUCGAUGCCUAAUAUUAACAGUAAUGGGCUGAGGGUGUCUUUCUGGGACACUUUGAGGUCAUAUGCGAAUGGGGCGGACCCACCAGACAACUGGCCUCCUCCUCCUCCUCCUCCUCCUCCUCCAGGCAAUGGGCUGGCCGUGCAUACUCCUCCGGGGCCUCCUUUUGCCCCUGGAGUCAAUGUCAUUCGUGCUUCUGGGCCCCCUGGAGAUGCUGGGGAAGACAACAAGAAUGCCUGGGGCGGUUCCAAUAUGGGAAAAGAUUUGCCCACGCCCAAGGAGAUCUGCAAGGGUCUUGACAAGUUCGUUAUUGGCCAACAAAGAGCCAAAAAGGUGCUUUCUGUGGCUGUUUAUAACCACUACAAAAGAAUAUAUCAUGCCUCCUUGCAGAAAGGGUCAGGAGGAGAAUCAGGUAUUCCAAGCACAAUAGAUGAUGAGGAUAAAGUGGAGCUAGAAAAGAGCAAUGUGCUCUUGAUGGGCCCAACUGGCUCAGGGAAGACGUUGCUUGCAAAAACACUAGCUCGUUUUGUGAAUGUGCCAUUUGUGAUUGCUGAUGCAACAACUUUAACACAAGCUGGUUAUGUUGGAGAGGAUGUUGAAUCAAUAUUGUACAAACUACUGAUGGCAGCUGAGUUCAAUGUACAAGCAGCUCAACAAGGGAUUGUUUACAUUGAUGAAGUUGACAAGAUAACCAAGAAGGCUGAGAGUUUAAACAUUAGCAGAGAUGUUUCUGGAGAGGGUGUUCAGCAGGCUUUAUUGAAAAUGCUCGAAGGAACUAUAGUGAAUGUUCCUGAGAAGGGUGCAAGGAAGCACCCUCGGGGUGAUAACAUACAGAUAGAUACAAAAGAUAUUCUUUUUAUUUGUGGUGGAGCAUUUAUUGAUCUUGAAAAAACCAUUUCAGAAAGACGACAAGAUUCUUCUAUCGGUUUCGGUGCUCCUGUUCGUGCCAACAUGAGAGCUGGUGGUGUGACCGAUGCAGUGGUGACAUCAUCUUUACUUGAAUCGGUUGAAAGUUCCGAUCUCAUUGCAUAUGGACUUAUACCAGAGUUUAUUGGACGUUUUCCAAUAUUAGUUAGUUUAACGGCCUUAACUGAGGACCAACUUGUUCAGGUCCUCACGGAACCAAAAAAUGCUCUUGGCAAGCAGUACAAGAAAUUAUUUACAAUGAAUAACGUGAAGCUACAUUUUGAGGAGAAGGCACUGAGACUUAUUGCAAAGAAGGCGAUGGCUAAGAAUACUGGUGCCAGGGGUUUAAGAGCACUUUUGGAAAGCAUUCUAACUGAAGCCAUGUAUGAGAUUCCAGAUGUUAAGACAGGAAUUGAUAGAAUAGAUGCUGUAGUGGUUGAUGAAGAGUCAGUGGGUUCGGUAAAUACCCCUGGAUGUGGAGGCAAGCUUGUUCGAGGGGAUGGUGCAUUGGAAAGAUACUUGAGUGAAAUCAAGUCGAAGCAGUCAGUGGAAAAUGUAGAGGCGGCUGAAGGGGAAGCAGAGGGUGAAUCAGAACAAUCGUCCAGAGCUAUGAGCAUGUAACACUUACAGCACCGUAGUUGUUAUAAUCUGUAAAAUUUAUGCCCUUGUUAUUUGUAAAAAAAUAAAAGUCAUAGCCUGGUGUAAUUGCCCCCUUAUAAAACAGUAUAGCUUCUGUUCACAUUAA